CGUCAGAUAUCUGUCAAAUGUGUCAUUGUCUUUUAGUCUCACUACCGGAUUACGGAUGCGUAUCGUGACUUUCAUUUUCAAAACUUUUUAGAUUUUCUAUUUGUUUUUCUCAAAUAAGUGGUAUUUGGAGAUCCUCAAAUAUGCCGAAGGUUUCAGUAAAAGUGAAGUGGGGCAAAGAGACAUAUCCUGGUGUGGAGGUGAACACAGAGGAUGAUCCAGUCGUGUUCAAAGCACAGAUAUUUGCCCUCACCGGAGUGCAACCUGAGAGGCAGAAAGUGGUGUGUAAAGGUGUCACAUUGAGGGACGAUUCUUGGGCUAACUUCAAAUUGACUAAUAAUGCAUUGGUAUUAGUGAUGGGCAGCAAAGAAGAAGAUGUACCUUCAGCUCCUGUGGAGAAGACUAAGUUUGUGGAAGAUAUGAAUGAGUCUGAAUUGGCUACUGCUUUGGAUUUACCAGAGGGACUGAUCAAUUUAGGGAAUACAUGUUAUAUGAAUGCAACUGUUCAGUGUCUCAAGACUGUGCCAGAACUGAAGAAUGCUCUACUUAGUUAUGACAAAUCGUCUGGAGGCGGUACGGCGGGCGAGCUGACAUCGGCGCUGAGCGAGACGAUGGGCGCACUGGAGGGAGGAGGUGCUGGCGCGUGCGCGGGCGCGGCGGCGCGGCUGCUGCGGGCGCUGCACGCGACGGCGCCGCGGUUCGCGGAGCGCGCGGCGGGCGGCGGGCUGGCGCAGCAGGACGCGUCCGAGUGCUGGGCCGAGAUCGUGCGCGCGCUGCAGCAGCGGCUGCCCGCUGCACCCGCUUCCGCGCCCAUCGACGCGGCCGCCGUCAGCGACAGAACAUCAGUUAUAGAGCAGUACUUCGGUGGAACACUAGAUGUUGAGUUAGUCUGCUCAGAGGCCGAUGAGUCGCCGUCUCGUAGUACCGAGUCGUUCCUACAAUUGUCUUGCUUUAUCUCCCAAGAUGUCAAAUACCUACAAUCUGGUCUGAGAUCGAAAAUGUCAGAACAAAUUACGAAAAUGUCGCAAACAUUAGGAAGAGAUGCUAUUUAUACAAAAACGAGUAAAAUCAGUCGGCUGCCAGCGUACCUCACGGUGCAAUUUGUGCGCUUCUACUACAAGGAAAAGGAGUCGAUUAAUGCCAAGAUCUUGAAGGAUGUAAAGUUUCCCAUGGACUUGGACGUGUACGAGCUGUGUUCACCUGAGCUGCAGGAGAGGCUCACACCCAUGAGGACGAAGUUUAAGGAGUUGGAUGAUGCCACAGUAGAAACGUCGCUAAGUGCCAGAAAUAAGAAUCAUGGGGACAGUAAAAAGGAGAAUAAAAAGAAGACAGUUAUGCCAUAUUGGUUUGAAAAUGAUGUGGGCAGCAAUAACAGCGGCUACUAUCGGCUGCAGGCCGUACUGACGCACCGCGGGCGCUCGUCCUCGUCGGGCCAUUACGUGGCAUGGGUGGCGCGCGGCGACGGCUGGCUGCGCUGCGACGACGACACCGUCACUCCCGUCACCGAGGAGGAGGUGCUCAAGCUUAGCGGCGGAGGUGACUGGCAUUGCGCGUACCUACUGUUGUAUGGACCCAGGAUCCUGGAGAUCCCAGAGAAAGACGAGGAGCCCAUGGUGACCGAAGUGGCCGACGACACCGCCGGGAACCCUCCCACAGCGCUCGCGUAAUCUCGCCAUGAGCAUCUACACAAGGCUGACUGACGCUUCUUAAUGUAUGUCCCACCCGUGCGACUUGUCUUACAGAAUUAAACACUCAUGGACCAUACCAAAGUCUUGUAUACAAAAUGAGGUAGGCAUUAGGUUAUGAUGUUUCUUUUUUAUAGAAAUAAAAAGUAAAAAUAGCUUUUACAAUUGUGAAAUUAUAGAUUUUUAAAAGAUUAUUUAUACAUGUGUUUCAAAUACUUUUCAAUAUUUAUUUUUUUAUAUAAAUAAUUAUGAUCAUUUAAAUAACUCACAUAUCAUUCUGGGUAUAGGUCUCUUAAAAAAAUAAGCUUAUAAAAUAGCAUUUCAAAAUUAUACUAUAACUAAAAGUAUACAAAUCGUCAUAGUCACGUUUCUGUUGCUGGCAAUAGAAUCAGAUUCAGUAUGUUCAAUUAAGAUCAGGGACAGUCUUUUUUGAAAAUUAAUAGUGUAUAUUACACUCUGAAGUAUGUUUGCAUUCAUAAAUAUAGACGUUUUAAAUACAUAAUUCAUGAAUUCGCAUGAAACUAGAAAAUGGAAAUAUAUUGGUAUCUGACAACAUGAAAUGAAUAAAUAGCUUGAGAUUAACUUGUUUAGAGCAGAGAUAACUAAAAUUAUAUAUUUUUUAUUAUAUUUGUUUGAUUAUCUAUAUCUUGACAUGUGUUCUUAUAUGGAAAUUAUGGUUUAGAGGUCCUGCAAUCAAGCCAUAAAUACUUUCGAAAAAAUGUAUAAAUAUUUAAUUAUACCUUUUUUUUUCGAUCAUUUGAUUAUGAUGUUAAUUUUAUAAAGUUAACGUGUACAUUCAUAGUUUUUAUUAGUAAAAUGUUUUGCUGAACCUUAACGUUAACAAAUACAAAAAAUACUUUAAUUUUAAUAAAAAUUAGUGAUAGCUCAUUCUGACAGUAUAAAUUUUACAAAAUGUCGCAUAACAUACAAAUACAUUUAAACUAAGAACGCCUUUAAAGUGAGUUGAAUUCAGUUAAAUUUAAAAAAUUUUGGAUAAUGACAUUUUUAAUCUACCGCCAUUUUCGAAAAUAUUAUAUAUUUACAAGCUGACUGAUACCUCGUCCUAGCACAAACCGGCAAAAUAAAUAAUUGCACAAAUGUAUCUAAAUAGAUGGUUUUCCUAUAUUAAUUUGUAUUUCUUAUGUAUAUUCUAUUCCAAAGACGAAAUUACUUUUGAUGGGUAUACGGUUUAAUUUUAAAUCUCAACAAAAUUUUUAAUUUUGAAAUAGAGCCUUAGAAUAUCGGGGGCCAUCUAUAUUUGUUGACUUAAUAUUAUGUUGAAGGUCGAGCCGCACGGGGGACUAGGAUCGUUAAUUUAUUCUUGUAAAUUGGCAUUUUAAAUGCUACUGUUAAUUGCUUAGGGCAUUUUAAUUUAAUUGUCAAUAUCUUAGUUCUCUAUACAAGAUGUAUUGAAUUUUAUAAGACUAAUUAUACUAAACAAGGAUCGACACAUAAAUUUGAUUAUAAACAGA